AUGUCUUCCUGUCCCGGAGACGCCGCGUUCGGCCCCAGAGUCGACACCACCUGCCGCGCCUUCGACUUCACCCUGACCUUCGAGGACGCACUGCUCUCCUGUCUCCCAGCAGCCCUAUUCCUCCUCUUCAUCCCACUGCAGCUCUACCGACUAUGGAAACAGGCCCGUCUCGUCCAGCGAUCAGCGCUCUUGGCCGCGAAGCUUGGCUCCCUCGGCGCGCUGUUGAUCUGCCAGCUCGUCUUUCUUAUCCAGCGACAGCUCCAUUCCUCAGCAUUGCGAGAUACCCUCUCCCUCCCAGCGGAUAUCCUCGAGCUCCUGGCCAUCGUCUUCGCAGGGAUCCUCUCGUACAUCCACCACUGCCGCUCCAUCCGCCCGUCGACACUCCUGGUCCUGUUCCUGUCGGCGCGCUCGCUCCUGGGUAUCGCGCGCGUCCGGACACUAUGGCUUGUUGCGGAUCCUUCCGGGGCUGCAGUCCCGUUUACCGUCGGAUUCGCGAUAACCCUCCUCUGCACAAUCCUCGAGUCAACAGGGAAAGCAUCUAGCCUUGUUGCGGUUGAGAAACCCCCCGCUACCCCCGAGCCCUUCAGCGGCCUCUGGAAGCUAGCGAGUUUUGCCUGGCUGGCCGGGACGUUCAGGCGCGGGUACACGAAGGUCCUGUCUGUCGAUGACCUGCCGGAGCUGGAUCCGCAGCUGGACAGCGGUGUUGUAGGCGAGAGACUGGAAAGAGCCUGGGCACGGGCAGACAAGACAUCCAAACACGCCCUCCUCCGCACCUGCCUCCACGCCUACUCCACCCCUCUCCUAUCAGCCAUCAUCCCCCGCCUCCUCGUAACAGGCUUCACCUUCUGCCAGCCCUUCCUGAUCAACGCGACCGUGUCAUGGGUCGGGACGCCAGAGCCCGAAGCACCAGGUGACAGCGGCAAAGCGCUCAUCGGCGCCUUCGCGCUCGUGUACGUCGGGCUCGCCGUCUGCACCGCGCUCUUCGGGUACCAGAACUUCCGCUUUGCGAUCCGGCUGCGUGCGGGGUUGAUCGGUCUUGUCCAUCGACAGACUGUGCGUGUGCGCGCUGUGGAUCUCGGUGGUACGACGGCGAUUGCGCUCAUGGGGACGGAUGUCGAGCGGAUUGUGGGUGGGUUUCGGUCGCUGCAUGAGCUGUGGGCGAGUUUGGUGGAGGUUGCUGUUGCUAUCUACCUCCUGGAGAGGCAGGUGGGUGUUGCGUGCUUGGUGCCGGGGGUUAUUGUUGUUGUCUUCAUCUCCGCGACGUUCAAGCUCUCCGCCUACACGAAUAAAUACCAGCGCCUGUGGAUCGAAAAGGUCGAAGAUCGCCUCCGACUGACAUCGUACACCCUCGAGAACAUCAAGGCAGUCAAGAUGCUCGGUCUGUCAGACAAGAUCUUUGGCAUCGUGCAGCGGCUCCGGGAAGCCGAGAUCGCGACCUCUGCGGUCUUUCGCAAGUUGCUGAUUGGGACGAUUACGCUGUCCAACUCUCCGGCCGAUCUCGCCCCCAUGGCCACCUUCGCAGUCUACGUGAUCAUCGCCCUCGUCCGCAACGACAACUCCAUUCUGGCCGCGCAGGCCUUCACCUCCCUCUCGCUGAUCAACCUCGUCACAACCCCGGUCCUGACGUUCAUCCAGGCGGUGCCGGACGUCAUCCAGUGCCUGGGGUGCUUUGACCGGAUCCAGGAGUACUGCAGUGUGUCGACGGCGCAGGGGAAUGAACCUGACGAGGCGCAUGGAGAAGAUAAAAAAUCCAUAGCGCUCGUGGAAAUGCCGAGCGAACCAACCAAAAAGGGCGAGCUGGUGACAUUCUCCAACUACACCGCGGCCUGGAAGAGGGGCGCUGCGCCAGUGUUACGAGAUAUCAGUCUAACCAUCAACCACGGCAUCACGAUGCUAAUCGGCCCCGUCGGCAGCGGCAAGUCAACGCUCCUGGAGAGCAUACUCGGCGAGACGCUCGUUACAUCCGGACAGCUAGAGGCAGGCCCAUCUUUCUCAAUGUCCUCAGUGGCCUACUGCUCGCAGACGCCCUGGCUCCAGAGCCAGACCAUCAAAGAGAACAUCAUCGCUGCCUCCCCCGUCGACGAAACCUGGUACAAGACGGUCAUCGCCGCCUGCGGACUGACGAGUGAUCUGGCUCGUCUUCCGGCCGGAGACGCCACGGCCGUAGGGAGCGGCGGGAUGGCGCUGAGUGGAGGGCAGAAGCAGAGGAUUGCCCUCUCCCGAGCCCUCUACUCCCGCGCCCGUGUCGUCCUCCUCGACGACGUCUUCAGCGGCAUCGACGCAGCGGGGACAGAACGUAUCGCGCGGAAUCUGUUUGGUGAGCAGGGGCUUUUCCGCAAGAUUGGGAGUUCGGUUGUGCUUGCUACGCACUCGGGCUACCUCCUCCGCUACGCCGACGACAUCCUCGUCCUUCGCGACGGGCAGGUCGCUGGGCAAGGUACACUGGAGGCGCUGACUGGAAGCGAUUAUGUCCAGGGGCUACAGAUCACACUUCCUACGUCUUCUUCUAUCAGUAGCAGCAGCGAGGAUGCCAGCGAGACAGACCCGGAAGCCGAUAUCGACAGCCAAAAGGACGAGACCAACCCCAGCGAGAACGAAAGCGACGAACUCCUCGAGCACGCCCUCGCAGACCCGGCCCGGCGCAACGGCGACUGGUCCGUCUACGCAUACUACAUCUCCUCCGGCGGGCGGACGACGGUCGCAGCCACGCUGGUCCUGAUUAUGGGCUGGACGUUCUGUCGCGAGUUCCCAACAAUCUGGCUCGACUGGUGGACCGAGGCGAAUGCGCGGUCCCCGAACUCGCAGGCCGGCAUGUAUCUCGGCGUCUACGUGAUGUUCGGUCUGGUUGGGACGGUGUUGAUGGUUGUGGCAUGUUGGCUCUUCUGCGUCACCAUCGUCUCCCAAUCCGCCCUGAGUCUACACAAGAACCUCGUCGAUAGCACAGCCAGAGCCCCGCUGCACUUCUUCCAGCGCGUCGAAAUCGGGAGCAUCACCAACCGCUUCAGCCAAGACAUGGACCUCAUCGACAUGACCCUCCCCAUCGAAGCCCUGAACGUGCUCGCCGCGCUCUCCACAAGCAUCCUGAAACUCCUCAUCCUCGCCUCCUUCGCCCGGUACCUCGCGGCCGCGAUCCCCUUCCUCAUGCUCGCCGUGUACGUCACGCAAGCUCUGUACCUGCGCACGUCGCGGCAGAUGCGCCUGCUCGACAUCGAGGCCAAGGCGCCGCUGUACACGCACUUCCUGGAGCUUGUGGCGGGGGGUUCGACGGUCCGCGCGUUCGGGUGGCAUGCCUCGUUCCAUUCGACCCUUCUCUCCCUCCUCAACUCGUCCCAGCGCCCCGUGUACUUCCUCUACUGCAUCCAGCAGUGCUUGGGGUUUGUGCUGGAUGUCCUGGUUACGAUUUUAGCGGUGGUCUUGGUCACGACGGUUGUGGUUCUGCGCGAGAAGUUCGAUGCGGGCGAUGUGGGCGUUGCGCUGCUGAUGGUCAUGACGUUCAACUCGCAGCUCAUGCACCUGGUCAAGUGCUGGACGAUGAUGGAGACGAGUAUCGGGGCCGUCAAGCGGGUGAAGGAUUUUGUGGGGACGACUGAGGCAGAGGAUGAUGCGCUGCCUCAGGUGAAACCAGACUUGCCAGACGUGUGGCCGGCGGAGGGGGCGAUCUCGUUUGAGGGCGUUGUCGCUGGGCAUUCGCCAACAUCCCCACCCGUCCUAAAGAACCUCACCCUGUCCAUCCCACCAGGCUGCAAGCUCGCAAUCGUCGGAUCCUCCGGCAGCGGAAAGACAACGCUGCUUCUUUCCCUCCUCCGCAUUGUAGAGCCGCAAUCGGACUCGGGGAGGAUCGUCAUCGACGGCGUCGAUCUAUCAUCGUACCCGCGCGAGGAGGUCCGCAAGAGACUGAACGUCAUCACGCAAGACCCGUUCCUGGUGUCUGGGAGCGUGCGAUUCAAUGUCGAUCCGUGGGGACAGGUCGCCGAUGGGGAUAUCGUGAAGGCGUUGGAGAGGGUCGGGCUGUGGGAUUUUAUUCUACAGCAAGAUACAAAGGGUGACGGGCUGGAUGCGCAGAUCAACGCGGCCAUGUUCUCCGUCGGGCAACGGCAACUUCUCUGUCUUGCGCGUGCUAUGGUCAGGCCCGGUAGAGUGUUGAUAUUGGAUGAGGCGACGAGCAGUGUCGACCACAGCACCGAGUCAACGAUGCAGAGCAUCCUGGAAACGGAAUUCGCAAGCCACACCAUCCUCUCUGUGCUGCACCGGCUGCGGUAUAUCCACCGCUACGACAAAGUUGCUGUUCUUGAUGCUGGAAAUCUGGUGGAGUUCGAUAGUCCGCAGGUCUUGCUGGAGAGGGAGGGGUCGAGGUUUGGCCAGCUGUGGAGGUCCGGAGAGUAUGCGAGUGAUGAGUAG